UUAAAGGUCGCAGAACGCGGCAUUAGUGCUACUUUUCAGACCUAAGGGUGACAAUGAUGUCACAGACGCACACUUCCGCCACCGAGAAACUGAAAGAUGCGCCGGACUGAGAAAUUCCGACCGCGUUUUCACGUAGCGUACCUGGAGUAAACAGCAUGCAGAAGUAAUGUGAACCUUUAUCAAAACCCGGAUCCCUAAAGUGGGACCUGGCCAACAAGACAACGCGGGGGACGAGGAUUGUGGAACGAUGGAUGAAAAUGCUCUGCUUAAUGAUGGUAGAUAUUUUGCUUCUGGAUGGUGCAUGUUGCUACAUGCAUUCUUUGUGGAGCUGCCUCAGGGUAUUUACAAAAGGAGCAUGUCAAUGCGGUUAUUUUAUCAGCAAUAU